GCGACUGUGUUCCCGAGGUCGGUCCCUGUCUGACAGGAUCCGUGUCAGGGGGUCCGGGAGAGGCGCGGGGUGAGGGUACCCCCAGUGAGGGGCCGCGGGAAAGCCUCUCGGGCCACCCUCAUUUGGGGAAGAUCUCCCGCGCGAGAGGAUGGAGGUGUGGGUCCCUUUACGGGGGAAAAAUUCUUGAACAGAGUUUCCUCAUUUAAUCCCCCCCCCCCCACUUUUCCCUUUUGCUUUUCUGGAAUUGGGGUCCUGUCGCCCCUGCAAUCGGCACUGCCCGCCGGGCGGGGCCGGGAAAGAGGGAAGGGAGCCUGGAGGACGUGACACCAGGCUUGGGUCCCUCCACCCCCUGCUUCCCCGCCACUGCGGCUCUCCAAUUUGGCGCGGAACCGGCUUCUCCAGAGCCCGCUCUUAGAGGCUCGCCCAGGCGCCUGGCGGGCCGAGGCCGGGACGUGCCUUUCCCACCCUUGAUGCACAGAGAAAUGCGUGAAUACCCGAAAAAUACUCAUCAUCAAGGGUGCUGGGGUACUGUGCAAUUUCUGAACGCACUCACUUUCCGAGUUUAAUUCGGUUGAGGAAAUGAGGGCAUAUAUGUAAAAUUACUAUGAGAUAGUUAAUAUAUUUUGGAAGAUGACCUGGAUUUUUUUUUAAAGGCUCAGGCCACCUUCUGGUAACAUUAGCUGCUCAUUUCUGAAUCAAUUUUAAUUGGCACUUGGAGAAUAUGAAUGAAUGAAUGUGUUCUUGAUUUUGAUUUUUCUCCCCCAUUUAGGGUUUCAUAGACCUUAAAGAAGAGAAUGUCGAGACGCAGCCGUUUACAAGCUAAGCAGCAGCAUGCCCAGCCCAGCCAGCCAGACUCCCCGCAAGAAGCCCAGAUAAUUCAGGCCAAAAAGAGGAAAACAGCACAGGAUGUCAAAAAAGGAAAAGAGGAGAUCAGCAAGAAGCAUCAGUACGAGAUUCGGAAUUGUUGGCCGCCUGUACUGUCUGGAGGAAUCAGUCCUUGCAUUAUCAUUGAAACACCCCAUAAAGAAAUAGGAACAAGCGACUUCUCUAGAUUUACAAAUUACAGAUUUAAAAACCUUUUUAUUAAUCCUUCACCUCUGCCAGAUUUAAGCUGGGGAUGUUCACAGGAGGUUUGGCACAACAUGCUGCAGAAGGAGAGCAGAUAUGUACAUGGCAAACAUUUUCAAGUUCUUCACUCUGACCUGGAACCACAGAUGAGGUCAAUACUUUUAGACUGGCUUUUAGAGGUAUGUGAAGUCUACACACUUCAUAGGGAGACAUUCUACCUUGCCCAAGACUUUUUUGACAGAUUUAUGUUGACACAAAAAGAUGUAAAUAAAAAUAUGCUUCAACUCAUUGGGAUUACCUCAUUGUUCAUCGCUUCUAAACUUGAGGAAAUCUACGCUCCUAAACUCCAAGAGUUUGCUUAUGUCACUGAUGGUGCUUGCAGUGAAGUAGAUAUCUUAAAGAUGGAACUCAAUAUCUUAAAGGCUUUAAAAUGGGAACUUUGUCCUGUAACAGUCAUUUCCUGGUUGAAUCUUUUUCUCCAAGUUGAUGCUGUUAAAGAUGUUCCUAAGGUUCUUCUACCUCAGUAUUCCCAGGAGACGUUCAUCCAGAUCGCCCAGCUUUUAGAUCUGUGUAUCCUCGCUAUUGACUCAUUAGAAUUCCAGUACAGAAUUCUGGCAGCUGCAGCCUUAUGCCAUUUUACCUCCAUUGAAGUGGUUAAGAAAACCUCAGGUUUGGAAUGGGAGGACAUUUCCGAGUGUGUAGACUGGAUGGUGCCUUUUGUCAGUGUAGUAAAAAGUGUAAGUCCAGUGAAGCUAAAGACCUUUAAGAAGAUAGCCAUGGAAGACAGGCACAAUAUCCAGACACAUACAAAUUAUUUGGCUUUGCUGAGUGAAGUAAACUAUGUGAACACCUUCAGAAAAGGAGGGCAGUUGUCACCAGUGUGUAAUGGCGGCAUUAUGACACCUCCGAAGAGUACUGAAAAACCACCAAUAAAACCCUGAAGUUAACAUCAAGUUGGAAUUGAAAAGAUACUGGAUAAAAGGUUCAUACAAAUGAGUGAGUUUUACAGGAAAGUAGUGUUGUGGCUAUCCUUGCCCACUGAGGAGUUACACUGCCAUUUUAUUUUAAAACUACAUCAAUUGGCACUAAAUGCCUAUGGUACAUGAAGCCAUGGGCUCAAUCCCCAGCACUACAAAAGAACAAAACAAACUUAAAAAAAAGUUGGCACUAAAGAAAUUUCCUCUAGCUGUUUAAAAGAGGACUUGUUUACAGGGCUGACUUCACGCCCAAGGACAGUGGCUAGAAGCCAGCAACAAUUGGUGCUGUGGCAGUUUCUGUUUGUUACUGUGUUUCUCUUGAUAAACUAAGAUUUAUUUUAUCAUUGGAAUAUGGACUAAACUAGUGAUACUCAAAAGAUACAUCGCUGACACACAACUUUGAUUCCUAAGUUCCUAUACUCUUGAAUGGUGCAAUUUGUCUUUUGAAAAUGAAAUUUAAACCUAUUUACAAAGAUUGUUUUGUAAUACAGUGACUAAUUUAUCUAAAGCUGUUUGUAACAAACAAUGAUAAAACUUGAAUUUUUACAAAUGGUGAAGUUCAAUCUGUUUUUAGUUUGUCUUACCAUAAUAUUUCUUAAUCAGUAAGGCAUGAACCAAAUGUUUAAACUGUUCUAAACAAUGGGAGAACCAAAGAAAUUAUAAACAAGAUAAAUGCUUUGGCUUCUAUGGGGUUUUACUUGAUCUAAAGGUUGCUUUAUGAUCGUUUCAUACAUCACAAUCUGGGUAAAACUUUAAUGCCUCUCAAACUAUUUAUAUAGGAAAGUCACUUUAUUGCACUAAGCUAUCCCUAAGUAUUUUUUAAAUAGAGUGUGAAACUAAGGCUUUAUGUUUGCAAAACUGGCAGUCUAUUUUUAAGCCCCAUCUUAUGAGAUGAACUUAACAUGUGACCUAAACUUCUAUUUUCUAUGGCAGAAAAAAAUAUUAAAUGUAUACUGACUCCUAGAAAUCUAUUUAUUUAAACUUGUAUAUAGAUUAGCUACUUAUACAUUAAAUAUUUUAAGUUAGCCUUUGAAAAAGAAAUUUGGGCCUAAAAAGUCAAUUUCGUCAGAAAAAAAAUGAUGCCAGGUUACCAGACAUGUAAACCUUUUCUCUCUUUGAAGAAAUUGUGAUCUGUUAAUGUGUGAUGUUCUUGUAUAGUUUUUGUUUCUAAAACUAGUUUGCCUCAGUUUUUGUCUGAAAAGAAAACACCACUAAAUUGUACAUAUGUAUUAUAUAAACUUAAUCUUUUAAUACUGUUUACUUUUAGCCCAUGUUUAAAAAAUAAAAGUUUAAAAAAUUAA